AUGAUUGAAAAGCCCACUUCUCACAGGGCUCGGGCCGAGUGGCCGAAUCCGAUCUCACCACAAAGGGUUCGAAAGAGGCCGCAACAGCAAUCGUCGCAUACUCAGCGCCGUUAUUACAGUCCCAGUGCCUCACCGCCUGGAUCAUCACACUCACAAUCACAUUCACCAUCGUCGUCGCUCUCGUCGAGAUCCAGGAGCUCGUCCUUGCGACAUAAUCCAAGUUACCAUAUUCGUCUAGAUACCCGCCUAGACAGGUUAGACAGGUUCUCGCCCGCGCCCAAUUUUGACUAUUUUGAGUAUCAGGCCGCGAUCAAUACCUCUCCUUCGUCGUCAUCAAUCAUUGGCCAUGUCGCUGGUGUUACGACUGCCGGAGACGGAGCUCUGAAUUUAACGGCGCCUCACACCUCACUUCCGGAUACAUCAUGGCUGGCCAAUUUCUCUACAGGGCCUAUGAAUACCAUCCCACUUAGCCCCGAUGAUGCUGUGAGCCCUGGAUACUCGACAUAUAUCGGAACCAAUGGCGGUGCUUCACUAUCGCUCCAGACCGGAGCCAUGCCUGGACUUUCCAUACCAUGGGAUAUCGUGAAUUCUACUACGCACCUAAAUGGACCUUCGGAUUUUGAAGAUAUUUGUAUGUCAGAGGCUAACGUGGGAAGCUAUGGGAGUCAUGGAAGUAUGGAGCUGGCUUCUGCUUCUGCCGUCUCGGCCACAUCCGACACAUAUGUUUUCCCGUUUGGAUCCCCGGGAGGGGCGAGUCCAUUACUUGAUCUUGAGAUUCCUUAUUAUGUAAACCAAAACAUGAUGGUCGAUCCAGCAAUCCAACGCGCCGGAAAUAUGAAUACCUCAUUACCUGCUACUUCCACAUUCUCCUUCGAUAAUGCAUCUACUUCCCUAGGUUGGGGAUUUAACAUGUUCCCAACAGAACCUAUAGCUCCUUCAGUAGCCCCACUACUCGAAGCUCCAAACCUACUUCCGAGAGGCAGAUACAUACGUUCACAAGAUCCCUGGAAUUCGCACGAUGCAAAUGGCAAUGUCUUCAACGAGGGGCCUAACACCAACUGCGUCACAUAUGAGCCCGAGCCAGCUCCGUUAAAUUCCUACGAACACGAGCGAUCUUCUAUAUCCUAUGAGACAUCAUCACCUGUGGAUAACGACAGAUUAAUUGUAACUGGACAUGGCCAACCAAGCCACGAUAUAUAUGGGCCAGAGGCACCAAGACCUAAUUGGUUUGACGAAAGUGAUACAUCAACCUCUUAUUCCAACACUUUGUAUACUCCUUCCCAUGGCUCACCAGUAUCGCACCACUCUCCACACCCACCCGGUUCGCAGCCACCACUUUCCCCAGACGACCCGAACCAUCAUUCGCAUGUUUUUAGCGCGUUUCCUGAGCCGCAAAAGAAUAAGGUUACGAGGGGCCGUGUAAGGCCGCUAACAGAAAAAGAGAAGCGGGAGGCGAGAGAUGUAAGGCAAGCAGGCGCUUGCUGGGCUUGUCAUCUCUCCAAGAUUAAGUGCUCACCUUGUUCACCUGGCUUUCCUUGCGAACAGUGUACCAGACUUUCUGGAAAGAGAAGAUUUUGCCUCUUACCAUGUUUCAAUGAUCCAGUCGAAAUGCUAGAUAAGUUCUUAGUACCUGAAAGUCACAUAAGAUUGUACACAACCGAGAACACCAAGAAAUUCAUCUCGAGAAACGCAGAGGCAUGGGGAACAGACGAGAUGAUAGUGCGGUUGAGCUGGGGUUACCGUGUCCCGCUGAAAGUCACCGUAGUCUCUCUGUCAGUACGAGGUUCGACUUCCAUUUUUCGAUAUCAGCAUCAGACGUAUCUCAACGCAUCGGGUCGACCGACAUUUACGAAAAAGAAGAGUCCACCACUUGGUAUUCCGCCCACGUUGAUGGAGGAGACACAGGAAGAAUAUGCUCGAUAUAUUAAGAGAAUUGUUCAGGAUGAUCUAGAUGAAUAUGCAAGGAUAGCGUAUGAACCUGAGGAAUCAGAUAUUGCGAAACGUUUGCUCAAGACAGUAUGCCAGUUUUAUAUGGCUGGUGUGGAAGCCAAUGAUGAGUAUGAACUGCUCCGUGAGGCCUUAGAAAUACACAUUGCUUGCGCCAUACUUGAACGAAGCUUGAUCCUCGACGGCGAGUCUACAAAUUUGGUAGAGGGGCGCCUGAGAGAAGAUUUCCCACCAGAAUCUUCUCCAAGAUGUGCUUCCCGCCAGAUCAAAGUGGCGUUUUUCAUAUCGCAACAGGAAAGAAUCAAAGAAGUCCUUCGGGAAUGGGGUCAAAUGAUGUGGACCAGCAAUCGCGCGACUACAAAUGAACGCAAAUGGGCCAUUGGAUUCAGCGUCUUGCUCGUCUUGACUCUCGUCAUGGACAAGACGUUAGGUCUCUCAUAUUGCAAUGCCGAAUCCAGAAUCAAACACGGUGGCAAAGAAGCAAUCAUCGAGCGUCAUGAAUUCCAGGAAAGAGUAAAGGUAACUCAGACGAACUUGUUCGAGAGAUGCAAAGAAAUUCUCCAUUCCAAGUUCAAGACACGGAAAGGGGGCAAGGAGAGCUUCAAUCCAAUCCGUGACGGUGAUGGUGCAUGGCGUGGCAAAGUUAUCGAUGAAAGGAUUGCCGGCUUUGUACACGACGUGAAAAGUGUGGUUCGGGAUCAUGAACCUCAAGUUCGGUCAUGUAGAGUUAAGGUCUCGAAGAUUCUGCGAGAUGACCCAUUGUCGUUGUCUCUGAAAGUCAACGAAUCAUCUUACACGGAUGCGGCCCGGUUAGCCUGUGUAUUUUUGGACGAUUUUCUGGAACAUUGA